CUAUCUAUCGGUCAAUCCCAAAAACAGGAUUUUAGAUCAGAAGAAGAUAAGAAGCGCCUCUUCCUCUUCCUCUGCUCAAGGUCUCUGUCUCCACAUCACCCGCGGAUUCCCGUCCGCUUCCAAACUAUCCCACUUUCCCAGCUGAAAUCUAUCUCCAUCCAUGGCUUCCACCAUAUUCAACGCUUCGUCGAGUCUCCCUGCCACUUUGAAAGGCUUGGAUUGCAACACCUACAAACCCACCCUCGGUAAUUUAAGGUUCAUCGCGUCGCCAAAUAAGAAAUCGAUCACUGUUCCUUCUUCGUCUUCUCCGGCUCCGAAACGGCGGGUGCUUCCCUUGGCGAAAGCGACCAGCGAUGUGCCGGUGAAGACGGGAUUGAGCGAUGCGGAAUGUGAAGCAGCUGUUGCCGCAGGGAACGUCCCCGAGGCGCCUCCUGUCCCGCCCACACCCCUUGCUCCCGCCGGAACCCCCGUCGUUCCUUCGCUUCCACUUUCCAGGCGCCCUCGUCGAAAUCGAAGAUCACCUGCGCUUAGAGCAGCGUUUCAGGAAACCAGUAUAUCCCCGGCGAAUUUUGUGUAUCCACUUUUCAUUCACGAAGGCGAGGAGGACACGCCUAUUGGGGCUAUGCCAGGAUGUUAUAGGCUUGGAUGGAGACAUGGGCUAUUGGAAGAGGUUGCAAAGGCCCGGGAUGUUGGUGUGAACAGUAUAGUACUCUUCCCUAAAGUUCCUGAUGCCUUGAAGACCCCUACAGGAGAUGAAGCUUAUAAUGAACAUGGUUUAGUUCCAAGGACCAUACGGCUGCUCAAGGACAAAUUCCCUGGUAUUGUUAUAUAUACUGACGUAGCUCUCGAUCCGUAUUCCUCUGAUGGGCAUGAUGGUAUUGUGAGAGAAGAUGGCGUCAUAAUGAAUGAUGAGACAGUACACCAACUGUGCAAGCAAGCUGUUGCACAGGGACUCUAGAUACACGUCCUUAUCACGGAUGCUAAUUUGAAUGAACAGGCUCGAGCAGGAGCUGAUGUUGUUAGUCCUAGUGACAUGAUGGAUGGUCGUGUUGGAGCUAUCCGUGAUGCUCUUGAUGAUGCAGGGUUUCAGCAUGUUUUAAUCAUGUCCUACACGGCAAAGUACGCUAGUUCUUUCUAUGGCCCAUUCCGGGAAGCACUGGACUCAAAUCCACGUUUCGGUGAUAAAAAGACUUAUCAGAUGAACCCUGCAAAUUAUAGAGAGGCUAUGGUUGAGGUCCAUGAAGAUGAAUCUGAAGGAGCUGAUAUUCUCCUGGUGAAACCCGGUCUUCCUUAUCUUGAUAUCAUCAGGCAAAUAAGAGACAACUCUGCUUUGCCGAUUGCUGCGUAUCAGGUCUCGGGGGAAUACUCGAUGAUCAAGGCUGGCGGGAUGCUGAAAAUGAUUGAUGAAGAGAAGGUAAUGAUGGAGUCCUUGUUGUGUCUCCGAAGAGCUGGCGCUGACAUCAUCCUCACCUAUUUCGCUCUGCAAGCUGCUAGAUGUCUGUGUGGCGAAAAGAGGUAAACGAUAAUGUACGAUCUCGCUAUAGAGCGAACCGUUGUUUUUUGUUAACUUAUGAGAUUAGGUUGACAUACUGAAAAUCGAGCGCCAGUCGUUGUAUAAAAAGGGAGUAGAGAAUUGAUACGUCACUCAUUGUGUGUGUGGUUCUUCUGCCUUUGUUUCGACCUCCUUCACUGCUGUUGGUUUCUGCAAACCUUGCGAGAAACGGAAAGAGAAAUAUGCAUAUUUGACUUUUAUUCACAGAACUGGAGAGUUUACUUAGUAAUAUAUGGCGUUGCUACUUGCUAUUUAGAGCAGAGUCUUAACUCUGUCUUAACAGAGUUGUUCUACAUUCUCAUCCAUACCCUAUAAGAUACCUCUCAGCAAUGGCAGCAUGUGCUGCAGCUCCGACGGGAAGAACGUCCUCGUCGAUCAUGAAGUGCGGUGAGUGUCCGGUGUGCGUCGAUCCCAACGCCUCGUUACGUAUCCCGACGUAGUAGAACGCUGCCGGCACCACUUCGGAGUAGAACGAGAAGUCCUCUGCCCCCAUCAUCGGCGGCACCACCCUGAAGCUGUUGCCACCCAGCAGAUCCCCUGCCACCUUCCUCACAUGCUCGUACAUCCCCUCGUCGUUCACAGUGGGUGGGUAGAUCGUCGAUUCCUCCUCGAAGAAGUCGACGGUCGCGGAGCAUUCGUAGACCGCUGCCUGCUGCACGAUCACCUGGCGUAUGCGGUGGAGGAGCUGGUAGAAUGUGGCAUUGGAGAAUGCCCUGAAGGUGCCGCCCAGCACGACGAUCGACUCUCCGCUGGUCGUCGAGGAGGCGUCGAUCGUGGUGACGGAGACGACCUGCGAGUCGAGAGGGUUCACCUCGCGAGAAAUGAUUCCCUGCAGGCUGAUGAUGGCGGCGGAGGCUGCGAGGAUGGAAUCGCCGUGGCGGCGGUUGUGGGGUGUGGUGAUGAGUGCUCGGAAGAAGCCGCAGCCGGCGAGCAGAGGGCCCGGCCUGGAGCCGAUGACGGCGGUGGGGAGCUCGUGGGAGACGUGAAGUGCGAAGAUUGCCUCCACGUUUUCCAGGGCGCCGUCGGCGAUCAUGCGUUUUGCUCCGUUGCCGGCUUCUUCUGCCGGCUGGAAGAUUAGGAUCACUGUCCCCUGGA